UCAUAUUAAUGUCUGUCCCGGAAAUGCUUCGAAGAAUGCCUUCCAACCAAUCAAAUUCACUGUUUUGCUCCGUCUCCUUUCUGAUUUAGCCUCACUUUUUUAACGUAUACUUUUCAGCUUCAUUUAAUGAUAAAACGAAGACGGAGGACAUGAAACGUAAAGAUGGGAAACGAGUUUGAGUAGGAGGAUUCGUGUACUUGGGUGUAAGCCAAGCCACAUAUGUUUAUAAUUAGGGUACAUUCUUCAACUCAUAACUGGUCAGUGGUCGUAGGCACUGUUACAGUUCUGAAGGUUCUGUAGGCGUUUGCUGUUGCCGUUUUGAAGGUGUAGUGGGCGGAUUUGUCCGUCUAUUUAGGGGGGGUGCGCCACGCCCCUUAUUGAAUAAUACAAAACCGACUGAACGUUUCGGAAAGUGUGGAGUGAAUACCUCAGGCAGACGGAGUAGCUAGCCGGACUACAGUCAGUCGCAGACAGCCUUGAGUACACCGCAACAGUCUCGUCUGCUUUGCGCUGUGUAGUUUAACAUUUCCCUAUUGUAGAUAUAUGAUUAUUAUUGUGGCCGCUUACACCUUGUCAAUUCGAGGGAGUAUAUGGCCGCGACGCUGAUAACGAUGAGCGCCGGAUCUGGACUGGGGCCAGGGCAAGACGAGAUGUUCUACACCCUGCUCAAGCCGAUGCUCUCGGACGGCUUCCAAGCAGAGGAGUCCGCGUUUUUCGGUUUCGACACCAAGAACGCACCGGCGGACCGUAGCGGACAGAACGACUACGCGCAGGAUGGGAAGUGUGAGCUGGACAAGUAUCUGUCCCCCCAGGUCCUGAUGCCCCCGCCCAACCCCCCAGAGCAGACAUCACGGCGGGACAGUGCUUCUGGGGUGGACCAGUUCUUUGGAGAGGACCAGAGCGGGUCUCCAUACAGCAUCAAUAUGAACGUCUACCUGCCUGACCUGGCCUACCUGAGGAUGGGCUUGUGUCGCCCGACACGACACUGCCCCUCCAAUGUGGGGGGGGGGUUGGGCCUGCAGGUCAAAACUGAGCCGUCUUCCUCUUCUCCCUUUGUCCAUCCUCAUCCUCACUGUCCUAGCAGCAGUGGCGGUAGCGUCAGUGUUUCCGCGGGGAUGACCCCUUCAUCACUGCCGGAGUUCACCAGCGUGUUCAGCUCGUCGGGUGACCCCACCUCGUCCUCGUCAGACGCUGUUUACGUGAAGGAGGAGCUGUCCGUGUUCGACCCGCCACAUGACAGCUCUCUCUUCCAGCUGCUGUCCUCCGAUCUGGACCCGGCACUGACGCAUCACCAUCACCACGGCAACCACGCUCGUCACCGCGUUGGGGCGGGGCUGCAGCAGCAUGGGGUUUCCGGUCCGGCGCCCGGCAUGCAGACCUUCCAUGACCUGGCCGUGCAGGCACAGCAACAGCAGACUGUUAAAACGAGCUACUGUAGUGGGCUGCACGGUGUGGCGGGGGGCUACCCCCACACACACUUUCUCCAGCAGGCCCACCACCAGGGCAAGGCGCCCUACCUGCCCCCAUCCCCUCCCAGCUCGGAGCCCGGCUCACCUGAUCGUCAGAAGGAUCUCCUCCAGAACCUCUCCCCUCCCCCCUCCUACGCCGCCACCAUCGCCUCCAAGCUGGGAGUCAGUGCCUUCCCCCGUGGCGUGUCUCAGCCCCCAGCCUCAGGUCUGACUCAGGCCCCAGCCUCAUCCCAGCCCAUGCCGAUCCGUUACAACCGUAGGACCAACCCAGACCUGGAGAAGAGGAGGAUACACCACUGUGACUUCCCAGGAUGUAAGAAGGUUUACACCAAGUCUUCCCACCUGAAAGCCCACCUGAGGACCCACACCGGUGAGAAGCCAUACAGGUGUUCUUGGGAUGGGUGUGACUGGCGUUUCGCCCGCUCUGACGAGUUGACCCGACAUUUCCGGAAACACACGGGGGCCAAGCCCUUCCAGUGCUCAGUGUGCUCCAGGUCCUUCUCGCGGUCUGACCAUCUGGCGCUGCACAUGAAGAGACAUCAGAACUAACGUGCACAAACAGACACUCUGACCAGGCACCAACACACACACACACACACACUUUAACUUGAAUCACAGAGAGAUGAACUCCAACCAUGAAACGCUAAACCUAAACAGCAGUUAUCGACAACAGCUUUUCUGGAAUCUGCCUUAUAGUGCUCUGUUCUAAUCUGGGUGACUAUUGACCUGGGACUGUUGUUGAUCUCUGGAUCUCAUGUUAUAAUAUUCUAACACAGACCCUCUGAAGGGGGAAGACCUACCCCCAUGAUGCAGACUGCUUACCAUCGCCUUCAUCAAACGUCAAUUUCUGGCGUUUUCUACAUGUUAUAGUAACAUUUGUUGACACUCCAGAGGCUGGGCUUUCAUGGACUAGGAAUGACUUUACAGGAUAAGAACUGACACACAUGAAGAGCUACAUCAAAGCUGUCGAGCCAAAGAUCUCAACUCCCACUGAUGGUCAUCUGUACUUGGGGUUCUCAACUGGUUUUGAAUCAGGUUGUCUUUGUCGCCACUCAAUGUUCACAUCGCAUUCUUCGCCAAAACGCAAUCUGGUAAAUUAUAUUUUUAUAUUUUUGCAAUUUGGAAGACUUCAAUGAUUUACAGUAGUGAGGACAUACAUUUGUGUAACUGUUCCCCAUGGGAAUCAAACUCACAACCCUGGCACUGCAUGUACCAUGCUGCACCAACUUAGCCACACUGGGCCAUGUGCUACAUUGGCAGUAAAUAGAGCAGGUUAUUUUAGAGCAAGUUAAUUUAAAUAAUUGUGACAAGCCCAAGUGUUGGAGACCACAAAAUGAGCUACAUAGCACUGCUUUAGCUCUGUAUUACAGGUGUUCUAUGCAGCAUUUUCCAUUUAAAAUGUCCAAUAAUAAGUCUUGAAUAUUAUUAGUUAACGUUAAAAAACAGAACUGACACUAUACCCAGUGUUAUGGUUGCACGUAAAAUUUAGAAGGCCGGGACGUUCGUAGGUGUGUUCUUGUUUAUUUUUAUUGUAUGAGCGCAGAUUUAUGGGAAGGUUUCUCCAGUCUUGGGUCGAGACGAUAAGCUAACAUUAGUUAGCUAAGUUAUGUGUCUGAACAGACACUCCUUGAUUCCAUUUGCUGCUGGAAAACAGUGUUACAACUUGGUGUUCUCUGCAAAAGAUAAAGAAAAGCUAGCAUGCAUUGUGGGUUGUUUGAACAAACCUAAAACAUAAGCGACUAUUGCUCGGAAGAAGCAGUUACAAUGCCCUUUAGCCAGAUUUAGUAUUGUGCAAACUGGCUAAAUGCUGUUAUUAUUGUUCCAGCUAGCGCGAUUAUGGUUUCAAGUUCGCAAGCUAGCCAUCAACGAGUCUCUGAAAUACGGCAAUGCAUCUAACGCAAUAGAUAGCCCAGAUUACGUUUUGAUUAGUUUAGCUGUUUACUUUGUUUAUUCUGUGUUCCAUAGUUAUGGAAAGGACCCAUCAACUUCGACCCGAUCUAAAACAAAUAUCUGUGUUCAUUGCUCCAGCAUCGACAACAGCAGGUUACGCUGCUUCAGACUCAUAGUUCGUAAUGGUGUCAGAUCCUAAUGGAGUUAUAGAACCGAUAUUCAACUCAUUGCCAAUAGGUGGUGUAAACCUGCAUAGGGCCCCUGUAAACACUAUGAUUAAAGGCUUUCUUUUGUUCAGUUAAUAAUUUCGACACAUUCUCUACAUGUUUUGAGUUUGACAAUUUCGACGCACCAGUUGAGAACCAGUCAUUGUACACCAAUUUACUGUAACAAUAAUCUUGUUUAGUCACGUGGUCUAGCUCUAUUACAGUUUCCUGUCAGAAGCACUUACAAACAUAUUAUUAUUGUAUAAUUUUGGAUCUUGGUGUUAGACCAACCUAGUAAGAAGUGGGAAUCAUGAUUGUACAAAGCUAAGGCCAAAUGCUUUUAUUUGUUUAGUUCAGUGUAUGGCUGAGCAGUAGCAGAACUGUUUUUAACCAAUACAGUUUUUAUUUGCACUUAAAAGGGUUUUGACUGGAGGAUGACAACUGCCCGUUUCCCAAAACACAAAUCUCUGGUAUUGCAAUACUAACAGGGUGCCUCCCAAACUGCGCCCUAUUAUCUGUGUAGUGCACUGCAUUGUGUGUGCCACUGCAUAGGUUUUAGGGUGUCCUUUUGGGAUGUAACCCCUUUUGUUUGUACUGCACACAUUUAGGAUUCAUUAGCAUGUUCCAGGAGAUGAACAAUUUGAAGUAUUUAUCGACCACAGAGAGAAAGUGACUGACAGCGGCAGUAUUUAUUAAAAUAAUGUACACGGUUGAUGAUGAGAAAGUGACAGACAGCAGUGUCAUAGUCUAGACCCCUUUACAUGACAUUCAUCCUCCUUCAAUGAUGUGGCAGAUUUGAGCAAGAAGAAACCGUCUAUACUUCUGAGCAGACGCUUGGAGGACAGCAGGGUCUGCAGCCUGGGCCUUCUGCUUGGGGAUGCAUGAGACUACAUUCUUGACUAGUCUUUCCUCUUCACUGGAGUUCUGCAGCCUUUCACGUCUCAUCCUGAAGGCCUCAGGUCUUCGGAGAGAUCUCUGUACACUACCAUCUAGAACACUGCUUAUCAUCUAGACCCUAAGUAGUGGACUAAAAAUGGGAAUGGGGGGGGGGGGUCUUAGAGAUCCCAAAGGGUCUAAUUUAGCAGUUAAACUGUUUACAAGGAUGGUAAUGACCUCUGUGUUGUUGUGUAAUGAUAAUUCCUGACAAUUAACACUAACUCUUCCUUUAUUUAUUAGAUGGUUCUAGAAGAGGAUGAGGGAAUCAGUCUAUGCUCAGAUUAGCCCUUUUUAUUACUUUAACUGAAAUGCCUUAAUGUAAAUACCUACUGUGUAAAUAAUGAUUUUUAUUUUUGGCUUCUGUAAUUUUUUUAAACAAAAGGGCAAAAUGUACAAAAUGCCCUGCAUCCAUUCUGUGUGACUUUUUGUUUUAAAUACUUUGAUGAUUGUAUUGUUUUAUAUUUCUAAUCUGAACCUAUUUUAUAGAUUCCCUUUUGGUAAAAACUAAAGCUAAAAAAAAAAGGAGAUUGUUGUUCUCUUUAAACUAAGUAAAAAAAAAAAAUCCUAAAUGAAUCAAGUUGUAACUUUUUCUAUUUCUGGUCUGAAUUCAAUGUAUUU